CGGCGAAAGGUGGCUCGAAAAUUUACUGGCCACCCUUGCGAACCGCGGGUGGCGUUGUCGGCUCGAUUCAAUUCUCUGGGGCGUUGGACACGUCUAUUUCGUCGCCGGUUAUAAUACUCUAUCCCGUCACUUGGACACGCUCUUGCCGAACCACCGGACGAAUUUCUUUCCAGCGCGAGAGCGAGAAAGGAUCUCUUUCUGCUCACGGUCCCGACGAUACUUACCUUAGAACAUAUACCAUUACACGUCAAUAAACCACCGAGAGUUAUCAAACUAGUCCGUUUCGAUCGUACCGUGCCGGCCCUCUGCCGCAACGCCAACACUGAUGACGGGCGACCUUGACCGUUGGCUGGGUUCCGUCGGAAAGCUUCUCGGCAUGGGUGACCGAAAGAAGGGCCUGGGCGAUUUCGCCCUGGACUUGCUGUUGGUUGCUGGUAUGAUGGCAACCGGCGUUUACCUCGCAAGAAACUUCCUUUCUUCCCUCACGAAUACCCUCGCCGACCCCGAUCGAGAGAAACAUGAGCAAGCACGGCUACAGGCCAAGGCUCAUCUAGAGCGCUUGCGCAAAGGCAAGAACGCGGGUAAACCUGGCGAAGAACCAUCAGAUGAUGGCAACGUCUCUCGUCGCGGACCAAAGCCGGAAGAGUUGGUGUUGAAUGAAUAUGAGAACCUCAUUGCACUUGAGAUGGUGGCUCCGGAAGAUAUCCCAAUCGGCUUCGCUGACAUCGGUGGCUUGGAGGACAUUAUUGAUGAACUCAAGGAAUCCGUCAUUUACCCGUUGACUAUGCCGCACUUGUAUUCCCACGCGGCGCCAUUGCUAUCUGCACCCUCUGGCGUGCUACUCUAUGGCCCUCCAGGAUGCGGUAAAACUAUGCUGGCCAAGGCAGUCGCUCACGAAAGCGGUGCUUCCUUCAUCAACCUCCAUAUUUCGACAGUGACAGAGAAAUGGUACGGCGACUCGAACAAGCUGGUCCGAGCUGUGUUUUCGUUGGCUCGCAAGAUGCAGCCCGCCAUCAUCUUCAUUGAUGAGAUCGACGCGGUCUUGGGCACAAGAAGGAGCGGCGAGCACGAGGCCAGCGGAAUGGUCAAGGCUGAGUUCAUGACCCUGUGGGAUGGAUUGACGUCGUCAAAUUCUUCAGGCAUGCCAGCAAGGAUCGUUGUUCUCGGUGCCACCAACAGAAUACACGACAUCGAUGAGGCUAUUCUCAGGCGAAUGCCCAAGAAAUUCCCGGUGUCUCUUCCUGGCAAGGAGCAGCGACAACGUAUCCUGCAGCUCAUUCUGAAGGAUACAAAGACAGACCCCGAGUUUAGUGUGGAGUAUAUUACCAAAGUCACAGCUGGCAUGUCAGGCAGCGAUAUCAAAGAAGCAUGCCGUGAUGCUGCUAUGGCACCAGUCCGUGAAUACAUGCGAGAGCAUCGGGCGAGCGGAAACUCCAUGUCGAGUAUCACACCAGAGAACUUCAGAGGUAUCCGUACAGAGGACUUCUUUGGUCGCAAGGGUGGAGGUCAAAUCUUGAUGGAUAACCAUGCAAAACACUCCAAGGCGUCGAGGUCAUCGGCAGACGAGUACGAAGAUAUUGUCGAAGAGCUGGGUUGAUUUGGCUAGGAAUUUGGACUGUGUGAAUGGAAAUGAAAGACGCAGCAGAGGUCUGCUCUGAAAGGGUAGUGCUCUUUUACUCGAUAUGUCGUGAACAACCAUACAACAUGGUUGCCUGCAAGUGGGCAACUUACGCAAUUCAUGCUAGAAUGAGACGUUUGUACAAAUAAAUGUACCGAUACAAGGAGGAAACGAAUACUGAAAUGCCAUCUUUUUACGCGA